AUGCAACUGCGGCUCACCGGUGCUCUGGUCAGUUGCACAAGCGAACGCGCCUCGUGUGCCGUAUCGUGGACUGCGGACCUCGAGACUCUAGAAAAGCACGGGGAGAUCGACGAUGAUCGCUUCCUCGAGAACUACCGGCAGAGACGCAUCCAAGAGCUCCUAGAAGCGCGUCAAGCUCCACGCUUCGGGGAGUGUGGCUUCAUUCGCCGCAGCGAUUGGCGGCAAGAGGUUACGGGCGCGGCGAACGGCACCUGGGUCGUGGUUCAUCUCUGGAAAGAGCAUGUGUCUACCUGCGUGGUACUGCAGCAGUGCAUCGACGAGCUAGCCCGUAAAUUCCCAAACACCAAGUUCGUACGUAUCGUUUCGACGGAGGCCAGCCCAGGAUACCCGGAUACUGCCCUUCCUACGCUGCUUUUAUACAAGGAUGGCAACAAGGUGAAGGACUUCGUGGGGAUGGAGAUUUUUGGAGGCCGUAUCAGCAAUCCAGAAGAGGUGGCGAUGAAGAUCAACAGUGUGGGGCCGGUGCUGGGGACCGACAGCGAGGACCAGCAGCGAGAGCUCCUGACGGAUAUGGUGCGUCGCGUCGCGGCGGAAAGGGCGCAGGACGUGGAGGAUGAAGACAGCGAUUUCGAUUAA